AAUUUCAUACCAAACCCAUACUUCGCAUUCCACCUUUACUGUCAAACCGGGGAGAGAUAUUACUGAAAACAAUAAGGGGCUCAGGAAAAAACAAAAGCCAGCUUUUGAAUUAAUGAUAUUUGGUCCAGUUCUCCUGAACUGCUGGACGCGUUUUCCCUCAGUAAAGGACUGUCAAGAGGAGAAGAGAAAGAGAACAGGGCCAACGGUUUGAGAAGAAACUUGGGUCAAAACGCCUCAGCUACAUUUAUAGUACCUGUGUAGUGUGUGGGCUCGUGGCAGGGCCCGGUAAGAGCCGGCAUCAUUGCGUCGAACGAGUGGAGUGCGAAUGGUAGCCCGCAGCAGGGGCUGGAGGAUGGGAGCGAUGAGCUGGACAAGACCAUGGACGGAGAUGCUGAGGGCGUGUGGAGCCCCGACAUCGAGCAGAGCUUCCAGGAGGCCCUAGCGAUAUACCCACCCUGCGGCCGCCGCAAAAUCAUCCUUUCAGACGAGGGCAAGAUGUAUGGGCGCAAUGAGCUCAUUGCCAGAUACAUCAAGCUGAGGACGGGAAAAACUCGCACAAGGAAACAGGUGUCUAGUCACAUACAGGUGUUAGCACGGAAGAAAGUCCGCGAGUUCCAAGCGAGUAUAAAGGUUUCUAGCCAUUUGCAGGUUCUUGCCCGGAGAAAAUCUCGCGAAAUACAGUCAAAGCUGAAGGCCAUGAACUUGGAUCAGGCGUCUAAAGACAAGGCUCUUCAAAACAUGGCGGCUCUCUCCUCGGCCCAGAUAGUGUCUCCAAACCUGAUCAAGAGCCAACUUCCCCCACUGCCCCAGCCGCCUUACCCGCCACCCGCUCUAGCCCCAGGCUCCAGAUUUUGGCCAACUCCAAUUCCAGGACAACCUGGACCCUCUCAGGACAUCAAGCCUUUUGCACAGACCUAUCCAAACCUACCUGGACCUGUUCCGCCUCCCAUAUCAGCCUAUGAGCCCCUGGCACCCCCUCUCCCACCAACGGCCACUGCGGUGCCUGUAUGGCAGGAUCGCACUAUCGCCUCCUCUAAGCUGCGCAUGCUGGAGUACUCCGCCUUCAUGGAGGUCCCUCGAGACCAGGACACUUACAGCAAACAUCUGUUUGUGCACAUUGGGCAGACCAAUCCCUCGUACAGUGACCCCCUGCUGGAGGCAGUGGACAUCCGGCAGAUCUAUGACAAAUUUCCUGAAAAGAAGGGUGGGCUGAAAGAGCUGUACGAAAAAGGCCCCCAGAAUGCCUUCUUCCUGGUCAAAUUCUGGGCUGAUCUGAACAGCAGUGAUAUGCAAGAUGGACCCGGCUCGUUCUACGGCGUCAGCAGCCAGUACUGCAGCACUGAGAACAUGACCAUCACCGUCUCCACUAAAGUCUGCUCCUUUGGCAAGCAGGUGGUGGAGAAAGUGGAGACGGAGUAUGCACGAGUAGAGGGUGGAAAGUGUGUGUACAGGAUCCACCGCUCGCCCAUGUGUGAAUACAUGAUCAACUUCAUCCACAAGCUCAAGCACCUGCCAGAGAAAUACAUGAUGAACAGCGUCUUAGAGAACUUCACCAUUUUACAGGUGGUGACCAACAGGGAAACGCAGGAGACCCUGCUAUGCAUAGCGUUUGUAUUUGAAGUGUCGACGAGCGAACACGGGGCGCAGUAUCACGUCUACCGGCUCAUUAAAGACUAGCCACACCUGUGAGAACGGGCUUUGCCAAUGGACACUCUGUCGCUUUGUGCAAUCCCACCACAGACUGUCCAGACGUCAGAGCGAUACACCAGCAUGUUGGCGAGAGCGGACGCGUUUUCGAUUCUGUACUGAUCCGGGUAUACUGUAAGUGGACGGAGGCUUGAGCAGAGGGGCGUGGAGGAAUGGAAAAAUGAGAAGUGUAGUAUUGCUCUGUUAAAGGACAAUCUUUUUUAUACAUAUUUAAUGCCUUAAAAACAAAAUGGGUCACAUAGGUUUUUUUUUCUUUUUUGUUGCGUACAAAUUCUAAAUGUCUUUUAUGCUCUUUUUGUUAUUUGUCUUCACUGAGGGACUAUGAAUGUUGAAUGCAUUGCAGGAAGGAAGGUUUUUAAUAAUGGAAGACAAUGUGUGUCCUUGGCAGGUGCACAGUACGUACUAGAAGUAAGGACCAGGGCCUCAACAAGAGGGUUAUAGAAAUUUUUUUAUAAAGGACAGGUCUGCUCUAAACACACUGCAGCUGUUUCUCCAACAUGAGAGCUGACAUUAAGUGACAACUGUGGUCUUCGCCAUCUUAACCGCCCCUUUUUUGCUAUUCCUGAGUGAAUGACAAACAACAGUUUGAUGUCAAACUAGCACACGAAGUUAGGCCAAUAGUUUGUUCAAUAUUUGUCCAUGUACAGUGAGUGAGAGACUGCAGUGCAUUUGCAUUGAUCUGUCCUUUAUCCAGCAUGGAGGUGUCAGAAACAGGAAGGCCUUCAUGGCCACCAAAUGAUUAUUAGGCUUGUGAAUGUGGCAAGUGCUUCUCUCCAAAGAACUCAAUAUGGAUUGACAUUCUGAAGUGCCUUUUUUUGACUACCUCUUGACAUGAAUUGAUAUAAUUAUGUGCUAAUGUUUUUGAUACUAGAGCAUGACUAAGCAUUUAAGUCUUUGUUUCUCAAAACUCACUUUUUUGGUUUGAAAUGCUGUUUGUAACGAGUAUAUCGGAGCAUAAAUGAGCAUUCGAAUGCGCUCAUUACAAACAGAUAGUGGCACAUGUACUAAACAGAGGUCAGAUAAACUUGACUGUCAGCAGCGUUAAAUCGCCCUCUAACACAAAGAAAACAGCUUUACAGUGGCUGCCUAUCAGUCAGUUCUUUUAUGAUGGUAGUGGUACUAUACCUCUAAUGUUUCUCUUUUGUUGUUGUUGUUGUUAUUGACAAUGGAAAAUCUUGCCUUUUUGUAUUCUCUGGUGCUUUUUGGAUCCUUUUAAGAGAUUCUGCAUUAUCAAGACUUUGCUUAUCAAGACGCAAUUCUCCCUCAGAUAAUAAGCUCUUGUGCCAUCCGCAAAGUUUGCAACGUGCAUUGAGCAGCCAUCUUCAAUUCAUGUGGAGCACUGGGAACACUACAUUUGUUGUUGUUUUUGUUUUAACUCUCCCCAGUGCAUCUGAAAGGGACAGUUAAUGAUUUCAUCCUCAGCAUAAUCGUCAUUCCCACCAGUCUGUCAAGGUUUGUGGUGUCAGUCUUUGCAUGUGCAUCGCAUUUUAGGUGUAGAGUAGAGUUUUAAAGCCAACCCUGUUGACCUUAGAGUCACUGUUGCGUUCACUUAAGUCACUGCCAGUUGCUGCCAUAAUGCACCCAAUUGGAGGUCUAUUAAAUGAAAUGUUUCACAAUAAUGGGAUCAUGGAUAGUUUUCAGUACUGCUGCAGGUUUACUGCAGUAUGCUACUACUGACUUUUCUCAAAACAAUGUACUUGACAACAUAUCAAAAACUUGAAAAAAUAUCAAAUUGGAAAGUGCUGUUUCCCAGAAGACUGUAUUAUUUUUUUUGUCCCUCCCAGCCACUGAUUGCUAGAGGCAGCCCUGCUUGUGUGAAAGCUAUUCCACAUUUUGGAAAAGGUAUUCUUUAAUAAUAUUCAUAUUAGGAUUAUUUAAGGGUACAGUAUUGUUGGUGUCUUAAGAAAACCUGGUGCCCCUGAGAAAAAAGGAAAAAUCCUGUACUAUGUUUAAACCAAAUUGCCAUGACUUUAAAGGUUUAAUAUGCGAAAGGCAAAACAACUAUUCUCAGAGUUACAGGUUUUCCUGCGAUACCGGCAAUAAUUCAGUUGAUUCAUUGUGAAUGGUUUGGCAUAAGCUUUAAACGAAACAAGAUUUAAAAUAAUAAUUUGUCUAGUAAUUCAUUCACGACAAGGUACUCUGUAGUAUAUUGACAAUGACAGACUUCGAGGUUCAAGCUGUCAUUUUGCUUCAUCAACUGAAUUGGUACAACCUUAGCCUAUAAACGGUGUCGUCUGUGAACUUUGACGACAACUUCCUCAAUUGUUCUUUUUUACAGGCUGUUUUUUUUUCUUUUGUUAUAAUUAUUAAUUUUAUGUUUGCUAUCUUUGACUUUCAGUUCAUGCUGUAUGCAUCAAUUGAAAAUGUUGUGUGUUACUGUUGAGAUUUUAUAUAAUAAUCUAAAUGGUGUUGGAGUUUGUUUUUGUUUUUUUUCCCUCCUUACCCAGUAACGGUUCACUGUGGCCUUGGUUACCAACUGUGCAUUGAAGUCAUUUAUAUUAUAUUAUCUACAAUGUGAGGGGUUUGUACAAUAUAAUCUGAACAGUAUGUAUAGUAAUACCAAUAAAAUGUUUUGGUUCCCCUUGGGACAU